CACACACCCAGCACACACCCAGACAGUUGGGUAUAUCUUCAGCCAGCUAUAGUGUUUGUGUUAGACUCUGGACCAGCUGCAGAUUGAAGUCUAAGGAGGAGCAACACGGUUUUUCAGUCCGUCCGCAUGGCACUCGUCUUCCUCCUCCUCUUCCUCCCCCUCUCUCACCACUCCAAUGCCAUGACUGGUUGCCAUAGUGACCGUGACAAAGACCACCGCCCCCGGGUCAACUGCACAGCAACCAACCUUAGUGACGUCCCCGCCAGCAUCGACACAACAACCAAGGUGCUGAUCUUCACCCAGAACCAGUUCUCCAGUCUAACCUGGUCCUCCUAUAGUCACUUCCCAGAGCUCUAUGAGAUAGAUCUGAGCCACAACGCAGUUCCAGAGGUUCCCCUGUCCCCCGGCCCGAUUCUCCCCACUCUAGGGGUUCUACGCCUGGUAGGGAACCGCAUUAGAACCCUGCCCCCUCACUCCUUCAGGGCCACGCCGGGCCUGCUAGAACUCUAUCUGGACCAGAACAUUCUGGAGACACUAGACGACCUGUCCUUCUCUGGGCUCAGGCUGCUACAGAUCCUGGAACUUUCUCAGAACCGUAUCUCUGUUCUGCCCCCUCUGAUGUUUCGUUCCCUCCCGGCCAUCGAAACCUUGGUUCUAGAGCAGAACCACAUCAGAACCAUGCCUGACCAGUGGUUCUCUGCCAAACCUGAAGUUCCCUACACCUACCUGUCGCAGAACCCCUGGGCCUGCUUCUGUAAGGUGGGUUACCUGAAGAAACACCUUGAUGAUCAGGGCUUCAACGUGUACACGAGGGAUGGAAUAAUCAUCACUCCGGAUGAAGAGAGUGUUACCUGUGCCACACCUCCCUCCCUGGCCGGCCGACCAAUCGUGGGGCUGGAGGAUGAGGAGUACUGCUCACCUGGUGCCAAACCUGAUGGCCCCCCUGGAGACUCUGAACCUCAACCUACCCCUACACUACCCCCCACCACCACUAUGCCACCAACUACAGGAGCCACAACCACAGUUCCUACUACCUUCCCCACCACUACUACUCCUGCUACCACUACUACUGUGGUACCCACUACUCCUGCUACCACUACUACUACUGUGGUACCCACUACUCCUGCUACUACUACUGCUACUGUGGUACCCACUACUCCUGCUACCACUACUACUCCUACUACCACUACUACUCCUACUACCACUACUACUGCUACUACUACUGUGGUACCCACUACUACCACCACAGCUACCCUGAAACCCACCACCCCUCCUCUACACCCUACCGACCCCACCCACCUGCCCCUCCUGCUGAAUGAAUCAGUCACAGGAUCUUCCAGACUCUCACCACACCCCACCAUGACCACAACCGUCACACCUAGAGCCCCAUCUCAACCACCUAGGACCCCAACUCAACCACCUAGGACCCUACCUAGGACCCCAACUCAACCCCCUAGAACCCCAACUCAACCCCCUAGAACCCCAACUCAACCCCCUAGGACCCCAACUCAACCACCUAGGACCCCAACUCAACCCCCACUACCUAGAACCCAGACCCUGACCGCCCCAGUGACCACAGUCAGACAGGUUGGAGGUUCAGAUCCCUGGGGGGAUCAGCUGGGACGGGGGGGUGGUAGUGCGGCAGGAGGCAGAGCUGUGUUCUGCUGGUGGCUGUUUGCAGGGUGUGUUUUGUUGUGUGUUCUGUCUGGGGGGUGGGUGUGUGUGAGCGGCCUAUGGCUAUGGAGGAUGUAUAGGACUGUCUAUAGGCCUCUACUGAACAGGGGGAGGGGUGGGGGAGGGAGUGGAGUCCGGCUGCUCAGGUUCAAAUGCCACGAGGGGGGAGACAAGGGGGAGGUCAAUGGGGAGAACGGGGGAGUCAAAGCCAUAUCCCUGCCUCUAGGAGGGGGGGGUGGAGGAGGGGGGGUACAGGCCGUCUAUCGCUCUGUUCUAUUCAUCUCUAGAGAGGAGGGAGAAGGAGAGGGGGAGGAGGCAGAUAUGGAGGAGGGAGAGAGUGUGAUUGAGAUGUUGGACUCAGCAAUAAAAGGGACAGCUGUGGGGAUGUCACUAAAAAACAGGAGGGAGGGAAAAGAAGAAGAAAGUGAGGGAGGAAUAGUGGGAGGGGUGGAGAGGAAGGAUGUGUAUAGGAAGAGUCUCUACAGAGUGUACAGUAGGGAGGAGAAGAUAGAGGGAUUGAGGGAUGUAGAGGAGAGCUGGCAGACAGAGGAAGGAGGGAGGAAGGGAGGUAGAGAGAGAGGAGGAGGAGGGAGAGAGGCUAAGAAGCGAUACAGUUUGGUUCUGAGGGAGGAGAGUGUAGAGGGGAUGAGAGGGAGGGAGAGAGAGAGUCAGGAGAAGGAAUGGGUAGUGGGAGGAUGGGAGAUGUCUGGGGGAGAGAGGAGGGAGGAGAGGGGGAACGGAGAGGGAGACUGGUGGUCUCUCUUACCCAGCAUGCCUUGGUGCAACCCCCCACCUGACCCCCACCCUAACCCCCCACCUGAGAGGCACACCUGAAGGAUGUCAUCACACCAAAUCCUCUCUAGGUUUCUUCCUAGGUUCCUGCUUUGUGGGAAGCUUUUCCUAACUACACUUCUUCUGUCUCUGCACUGCUUGCUCUUUGGGUUUUAGGCUGGGUAUCUAUGAAGCACUCUGAUGAUGUAAAAUGGGCUUAGAGUGACCUUUACCAUCCUGUCAGCUCUGUCCCAGUGUAGAGUGACCUUUACCAUCCUGUCAGCUCUGUCCCAGUGUAGAGUGACCUUUACCAUCCUGUCAGCUCUGUCCCAGUGUAGGGUGACCUUUACCAUCCUGUCAGCUCUGUCCCAGUGUAGAGUGACCUUUACCAUCCUGUCAGCUCUGUCCCAGUGUAGAGUGACCUUUACCAUCCUGUCAGCUCUGUCCCAGUGUAGAGUGACCUUUACCAUCCUGUCAGCUCUGUCCCAGUGUAGAGUGACCUUUACCAUCCUGUCAGCUCUAUCCCAGUGUAGAGUGACCUUUACUCCUGUCAGCUCUGUCCCAGUGUAGGGUGACCUUUACCAUCCUGUCAGCUCUGUCCCAGUGUAGAGUGACCUUUACUCCUGUCAGCUCUGUCCCAGUGUAGAGUGACCUUUACCAUCCUGUCAGCUCUGUCCCAGUGUAGAGUGACCUUUACCAUCCUGUCAGCUCUGUCCCAGUGUAGAGUGACCUUUACUCCUGUCAGCUCUGUCCCAGUGUAGAGUGACCUUUACCAUCCUGUCAGCUCUGUCCCAGUGUAGAGUGACCUUUACCAUCCUGUCAGCUCUGUCCCAGUGUAGAGUGACCUUUACCAUCCUGUCAGCUCUGUCCCAGUGUAGAGUGACCUUUACCACCCUGUCAGCUCUGUCCCAUUGUAGAGUGACCUUUACCAUCCUGUCAGCUCUGUCCCAGUGUAGAGUGACCUUUACCAUCCUGUCAGCUCUGUCCCAGUGUAGAGUGACCUUUACUCCUGUCAGCUCUGUCCCAGUGUAGAGUGACCUUUACCAUCCUGUCAGCUCUGUCCCAGUGUAGAGUGACCUUUACCAUCCUGUCAGCUCUGUCCCAGUGUAGAGUGACCUUUACCAUCCUGUCAGCUCUGUCCCAGUGUAGAGUGACCUUUACCAUGCUGUCAGCUCUGUCCCAGUGUAGAGUGACCUUUACUCCUGUCAGCUCUGUCCCAGUGUAGAGUGACCUUUACCAUCCUGUCAGCUCUGUCCCAGUGUAGAGUGACCUUUACCAUCCUGUCAGCUCUGUCCCAGUGUAGAGUGACCUUUACUCCUGUCAGCUCUGUCCCAGUGUAGAGUGACCUUUACCAUCCUGUCAGCUCUGUCCCAGUGUAGAGUGACCUUUACCAUCCUGUCAGCUCUGUCCCAGUGUAGAGUGACCUUUACCAUCCUGUCAGCUCUGUCCCAGUGUAGAGUGACCUUUACCAUCCUGUCAGCUCUGUCCCAGUGUAGAGUGACCUUUACCAUCCUGUCAGCUCAGUCCCAGUGUAAGAGUAACCUUUACCAUCCUGUCAACUCUGUCCCAGUGUAGAGUGACCUUUACCAUCCUGUCAGCUCUGUCCCAGUGUAGAGUGACCUUUACCAUCCUGUCAGCUCUGUCCCAGUGUAGAGUGACCUUUACCAUCCUGUCAGCUCUGUCCCAGUGUAGAGUGACCUUUACCAUCCUGUCAGCUCUGUCCCAGUGUAGAGUGACCUUUACUCCUGUCAGCUCUGUCCCAGUGUAGAGUGACCUUUACCAUCCUGUCAGCUCUGUCCCAGUGUAGAGUGACCUUUACCAUCCUGUCAGCUCUGUCCCAGUGUAGAGUGACCUUUACCAUCCUGUCAGCUCUGUCCCAGUGUAGAGUGACCUUCACCAUCCUGUCAGCUCUGUCCCAGUGUAGAGUGACCUUUACUCCUGUCAGCUCUGUCCCAGUGUAGAGUGACCUUUACCAUCCUGUCAGCUCUGUCCCAGUGUAGGGUGACCUUUACCAUCCUGUCAGCUCUGUCCCAGUGUAGAGUGACCUAUUACCAUCCUGUCAGCUCUGUCCCAGUGUAGAGUGACCUUUACCAUCCUGUCAGCUCUGUCCCAGUGUAGAGUGACCUUUACUCCUGUCAGCUCUGUCCCAGUGUAGAGUGACCUUUACCAUCCUGUCAGCUCUGUCCCAGUGUAGAGUGACCUUUACUCCUGUCAGCUCUGUCCCAGUGUAGAGUGACCUUUACCAUCCUGUCAGCUCUGUCCCAGUGUAGAGUGACCUUUACCAUCCUGUCAGCUCUGUCCCAGUGUAGAGUGACCUUUACCAUCCUGUCAGCUCUGUCCCAGUGUAGAGUGACCUUUACCAUCCUGUCAGCUCUGUCCCAGUGUAGAGUGACCUUUACCAUCCUGUCAGCUCUGUCCCAGUGUAGAGUGACCUUUACCAUACUGUCAGCUCUGUCCCAGUGUAGAGUGACCUUUACCAUCCUGUCAGCUCUGUCCCAGUGUAGAGUGACCUUUACCAUCCUGUCAGCUCUGUCCCAGUGUAGAGUGACCUUUACCAUCCUGUCAGCUCAGUCCCAGUGUAAGAGUAACCUUUACCAUCCUGUCAACUCUGUCCCAGUGUAGGGUGACCUUUACCUUGGCUUUAAAUUUCAAUCUCGCUAUAGCACAAAUAUUUGGAGCCAGGAUUGUUUCUAGGCCUUCAUCAAUGACCUGGGACCUGUUGGCAUGUAACCACUCUAUAUUCUUAAAUAUUGUUUGGUUUAAAUAUGUUAACACAACCUGUUAUGCUUUAUGUAAAUAAUAAACAUCUAUGUCACAAAAA